GCAGCGGCUAACUUACAGUACUACCACCGGCGAUCGGUCCGACCUUUAAACCGCCCACCGAGUGACUCACACCGGUGCUAUUUAUCCAGAGAAAGGCAGAUUAGGACGUUGUAAUGUUGCGAAACUGAUGUAGUAACAUUGGCAGCCGACGUACUUCUGUAUCUCCGGUAGGCCUUACCAGAGGAGGUACACGCUCGGUUUCUUCACCAUGGGGAACUCCUGCAGUCAUCUUGGGAUCCCUCCAGCGAAGGGGCCCAACGCUGUGGGCUGCACUGACUUCAUGAUGGACCACACGACUCAGGGCACCUUCUUCCGGCUGUACUAUCCCUGUCAGGAGACUGAAAAAGCAGAGAAGCCCGACUGGGUCCCAUGCAGGGAGUAUUUCAACGGCCUGGCAGACUUCAUGAAAAUCAACCGGACCCUCAGCGAGAGGAUUUUCAACCACCUCUUUGGUUCCUUUAAGAUCCCAGCCCAACUGGAUGCUCCAUUUAAAUCAAACGGAAAAUGUCCUGUAGUUAUUUUCUCUCAUGGCCUGGGAGCCUUUAGGACUUUGUAUUCAGCUAUUUGUGCAGAAAUGGCCUCUCGGGGCUUCAUUGUGGCGUCCGUGGAACACAGAGACCAGUCAGCCUCGGCUACAUAUUAUUUCCGUGAGAAGUCCGAGUCAGAAAGAGCAAAUGAGAAUUUGCCAAAAACAUCAGCUUCAGCCCAAGACAACCUGGUAAAGGAAUGGAUGUACUACAGAGCUCUGCGGCACGGAGAGAGCGAAUUCCCUCUGAGAAACAAACAGGUGAAACAAAGAGCAGAUGAAUGUAUUCUGGCUCUGGAUAAACUCACUGAAAUCAACUCAGGAAGACCAGUGCAAAACGUUCUGCAGACAAAGUUUGACUGGACGACGCUGGAGAACUCCAUGGAUCUGUGCAGGAUAGCAGCGAUGGGGCAUUCCUUCGGCGGGGCCACGGUGAUCGAAGCUCUGUGCAAAGAGGUUAAAUUCAAGUGUGGAAUAGCGCUGGACGCCUGGAUGUUUCCUCUAGAUGACGAGAUCUUUCCUCGGGUGAAGCAGCCAAUUUUCUUCAUCAACUCAGAGAAGUUCCAGUGGGCGGGGAACAUCAGUCGCAUGAAGAAGCUGGACUCGGCCGUCAUACAGCGAAAAAUGAUCACCAUCAGAGGUACAGUCCACCAGAGCUUCCCAGACUUCACCUUCCUGACGGGCAACUGGAUCGGAAAGCUGAUGAAGCUGAAGGGAGAGAUCGACCCAGAGAUUGCCAUAGACCUCUCCAACAAAGCAACACUAGCCUUUCUGCAACGCCAUCUAGGUCUGGAGAAGGACUUUAAUCAGUGGGACCCUCUGAUUGACGGCCAAGAUGAAAACCUCAUUCAGGGAACUAACGUGACGGUGCUUCAGUCCGCCAUCUGACCUGCCACGGUACGUCGCAGAAAAACCUGCGUGAAGGCUGUCGGCUGAACAAACUUACCUCGUGCACAGGACUCAGCGCAACGGUACCAAAGUGUCAAGUCCAGGCCUACUUGGCAUUUCAUUUCCAAAUGGACCGAGGACAACGUUUUGGAGCAGUAACAGGCAGGAAAGCUAAUCUCUACCUCAUGAGCAGGAAAGAUUUGUUUUUUUUUCCUGACAGACGAAGCACUCGGUGUAGUGGUGUUUGUUU